AUGAUGACAAGCACCAGUAAGGAUAUGGAGUAUAUUUUAUCUAUCUUGUGCCUUGCAGUUUUUACAUCCAAAUUGGUGCAAUCCGAAGAUGGUUCUAUAUGGAACGAAAGAGCACAAAAAGAUCUCAAAGACUCCUUGAAUCUGGUGCCAAAUUUGAAUAAAGCUAAAAAUGUGAUAUUAUUUUUGGGUGACGGGAUGGGUAUUAAUUCGGUAUCUGCCGCUAGACUGUACAAAGCCCAACUAACUCAACAGGAAGAAGGGACGUCGACGUUGGCUUUUGAGAAAUUUCCUUACAUUGCCUUAUCGAAGACGUACAACACUGAUAGGCAGACCCCAGACUCUGCGGGAACGGCUACGGCAUUUUUAUGCGGUGUGAAAGCUAAUUUAGGAACAGUAGGAGUUAAUAGCAAUGUUCCACGGUUUAAUUGUUCAUUGGAAGAGGGUAAUACAGUUCAAUCAAUAAUAGAUUGGUCGGAGGCAGAAGGCAAAUCUACCGGGAUAGUAACUACCGCUAGAGUAACUCAUGCCACACCAGCAGCAGCCUACGCCCACAGUGCUGAUAGAGAUUGGGAGAAUGAUGUUAAUGCAAACGGCAGCUGUAAAGACAUAGCUCGACAACUUAUAGAAGACAAUUCUCAUAUUGAAGUAAUUCUGGGUGGUGGACAGCGAGAGUUUAUUCCUGAAGGAGAUGGCGGAAGACGCACAGAUAACAGAACAUUAACAGAGGAAUGGAUAGAAUCUAUCAAAGCUAAGAAGAAAACCGGCCACUAUGUUACUACGGAUACUGAAUUUAAAACCGUGGAUCUUAGUAAAACAGAUCACUUAUUGGGAUUAUUCGCCAUGUCUCAUAUGGAUUAUGCUAUUGAUAGAAAUGACAGUAAUAAUGAAAAUGAUCAACCUUCGCUAGCUGAAAUGACAGCCACCGCCCUGAAAAUUCUUCAGAAAAAUGACAAAGGGUUUUUCCUUUUAGUGGAAGGUGCCCGCAUAGAUCAUGGUCACCAUGAAAACUGGGCGAAAAGAGCUCUUUAUGAUACCAUAGCUUUUGAUGAAGCGGUGGAAGAAGCUUUGAAAAACACCGACAAAGAAGAUACUUUGAUUGUCGUGACAGCUGAUCAUUCUCAUGCCUUCACAAUGGCAGGCUAUCCCGAAAAAGGAAAUGAUAUUUUUGGUAUAGUAAAACCAGUAAAAGAAGGCAGUGAACCUGAAGAUGGUUUACCCUAUUUAAGUUUGGUUUAUGGUAAUGGUAAAGGGGCUAUGUUUGACAACAAUGGCACAAGAAGAAAUUUCACCGACGUUGAUACGCAUAACAAUGACUUUAGGUUUCACGCCGCAGUUCCGUUACCAUAUGAAACACACGCUGCCGAGGAUGUGGGGAUUUUUGCAACAGGACCAAUGUCUCAUCUAUUUCACGGUGUUCAUGAACAGAACUAUAUAGCUCAUGUCAUGGCCUACGCGUCGUGUGUGGGGAUAAACAAGGAUCAUUGUAAACCAAAGCCUAAUGACGGCCCAAUUUCAGGAACUAACAGCGAGUACUCUGUGAUACCAAAAGUUUUAUUUAUAACUGUAGUUUAUAUCUUAUUACAAGCUUUUGAACUUCCUUAAAGAUGGGUUCCCUUAUUUUCAUUUAUGAAAAUGAAAAUGCUAAUAUUUAUAUGAAUAGAAAGUAGAGGUGUUCUAAUGACUUGGAAAAUUCCAGCAGAAUUCCAAUGUGUGACCGAUCAAGAAAGGUAAAAAAGACUUUUUUUGUUUAUCCAGACUGUACAUACAUGUUCAUAUUUUAUGAUUGGUUAAAACUCUAUAUUAUAUGCAAUAAGAACAUAAUGAUAUGAUUAAGAAUACAUGAUAAUUCAUUAAAAACACCAAUUAAUCAAAUGGUUUGCUUCAUUUGACAGUAAAAAAUAAGGAAACCUAUCUUUAAGUAGGAAUUUGUAAUUGGGGGAUAAAUAACUGGACACAGUUAUAUUGGAUAACAAAUACUUUAAUAAAUAACUUGCUUGAUAAAGACGAAAGCAUCAUCGUUGAAACGUCGCAAGUUAUUUAUUAGAGUAAUUGUUAUCUAUAAAAUUGUGUCCAGUUAUUCCAAACUUGGUUUUAAAAAUUUUUUUUUUUUAUUCAUAUAGAUAUAUAUAUAUACUACAAAAGUCCAUCAUUAUGUCGGCAUUUAUUUCGUUAUCGUGUUUAAUUGUAUAUCCGUGUGUUUCUCACAUUUUUAAAGGGAUUGUAAAAAGGUUUUUUCAAUUGGGGACACUGAUAACAUCAAUUUGUAUCAUUCCAAUUUUUGUCAGACGUCUGUGAUUGCUGCAAUUCGACAAUGAAGGUUAUUGUUUGAUGACGUCACUAAUCGCGAUGGGCCCUAUGUUAUAAAGCAUACUUGGCGAUUAAGUAGUUCAGUUGUAUUCGAAUUGCAAGAAUCACAGACAUCUGAUUGAAAAUUGGAAUGUUAUGCCAGAUACACAUGAACAAUUUAGAAAUACUCUUUACAAUCCCUUUAAUGUAUGUAUAUAUUUGUAUCAAUUUCUUUGUUUGUAUUAUCUGUGUGUACUAUUACAAUUGAAAUAAAUUGAAUAAAAUUAGUAAAAAAUGUCUGUACUAAACGUAAAAUAUGAAGAAUCUUGAUAUAAAAUAUUACAGUGAGUUAUUGUAUUAAGUUAUAAAUAGAUAAACGGUUUUCGGUGCGACGAAUCAAUACAGAAGCAAAGAGAAGAUCGUACACUUCAUCUAAUAUCUAAGAUCUUAAUAAUUCAUUUGUAGUUCAAAAACUCUGAACGUAUUAAAUCAUAUAUUUUUUUUUAUCAAUUUGCACCUUUUUAUCAAGUCGAGGACAAUUCUUAAAAAAUUGAUAAAGAAAAUAAUUUCUUUUUUGAAACUUGCAAAAAAAAGUUUGUAAACAGCUGGUAUCUGAUCCUUGGACGCGGAUUAAAAAUCUUAACGUCACUCAACAUAAAUAUGAGAGACUUCAUAAGUAUUUUUUUAAUUAUUGAAUGUGAUUUUACAAUGAAUAAUAUCAACUGGAGAUCUGUUUGAUCAAUAUGUCACUGUUAACGACGUGAUAAACUACAAGAUGUUGUAAACGUAGUCAGUGUCCAGCUAUUCAACUUACGUCCAGACCGUUAAGUACUUAAUAAAAAAUAGGCGUGGAUUAUUGUAGAUUAUUCAAAAUAAAAUUAUUAAUGAGUCAAAACGAAAUAUCAAUUUUAUUUUAAUUUCUAAGAUAUUAUCAAACAAUUACUUUUAACAAAAGAGAUCAAAAAAUGACACAGAAUUUUUAAAACUAGCUAAUAUGAUUAGCUCUUGCCAUGACAUGACGCCGUGGUCAAUUGACUUGGAAAGAAGAUAUUGCAUUUUUACUAUGUAUUUUGUAUUUUGUAUUUUAAAUAUUGUACCCCAAAAUUGGUGAAAAUUUAGGGCAGGGAUCAUUUUGUAGCGUUUCCAGAUGUCAGAAGAGUUAUCGUUUGCCAAGCGUAUGGGGGUCGUACCUUCGGCACGUUACCACUUCUGAUAACAAGGCCAAUGCUUCUGGGGAUCAGCAUUAUGUUGACAAAUCAAAUCUUUCAGAAUUCAGUGUUUUUAUAAGAAAAUAAUUCUUAAGGACUUCUGCAAUUUAAGUUACAGGAGUUAACUCCCUUCUAAUUUUAUAAAAAGUAUAUAAAAAAAUGAUGUAAACAUGUAAAUUAAUUAAUAUAAAAAUUAUAAAAUCACAUAAUUCGAGUUUCUAUCUCUAUUACAUUAUUAAAUAGAUAUUGUUCGAAAUAUUAAAACAGACCCUGAAACAUGUUAUUACUCAGAAUUUAAUGCUGUUAGAUCUGUUUAAUGUUUCUAUAAAUAUAAUUGUAUAACGUUUGAAUUGACCACUAUUUUGAUAGUGAAAAUAACAUAAUAUGGUAUAAUUGAAGUCAGGUAUUCCCUAGACGUAUUAAUACACAGAUGAAAUGGUAAGAGGACAAUUCGACUAGAAGAAACAGUAAGUACACAAUUAGCCACAAAGAUAUUUCAUCAGCAUGACUAAGUACUAAAUGUUUGCCAUGCACCUGGGUUUAACACGAUGGAUUUUUUUAAGAUUAGCAAUCCAGGUGUACUCGCCAAGCUGAUGAAAUUUCUCUGGACUCUAUGAUUAAACAGAAUAUGACUAUACACAUGAUUGUCUUAGUUAAAUAGCUACAUAAUGGAGAACUGGCGAUAUUUUAACCAAUUAUGUCGAAGAUCGAACAAAGCUUGUUUCACGCUCCAAAUCUCCUCCAUUUCACCGGCUGUAAAUUCGUGUCCGUUGAUGAGGGAGAGGAAAGACCACGACCUCACUGUCUCCUGUACAUAGGAAAAUCCGCAAUGUCCAAGAAGAGUUGCCCCGGCUUGCGUCCCACAAAUACCCGUCACAAAUACGUCCUCUGGAGGUAACGUUGGCGACCGUUCCACUGCUUUGAGCAUG